ACGGGCAGGUUUGCCGAUGGCGAGGAGUAGGUACUGCCGCUCCCGCCGCCGCAGCUGGAGCAGCCCCUGAACAUCUCUGUUCACAUUCCCGAGGUAUUAAUAAAGUUAUCGUUAAACAUUUUUUUUCAAGUAGGGGGCGCGAGGAGGCGGCGGCGGCGGUGGUUGCGCCGCGACCACGACUGAGAGAAGCUGGUCUCGCUGGGGCGGGCUUGGAACAGUGGUAUUUCAGUUCAAUUCAACAGACAUUUAUUAAGCAUCAACUAUUUGCAAGGCACUAUACUAGGUGCUGGGAAAACAAAGACAAACAAUGAAACAGUCCCUGUCCUCAAGGAGCCUUCAUUCUACUGGGGGGAUACAACACAUGCACAAAUUUGAGAGAAAAAAUCUAAGUAUCUGAAAUUAGUGUUGAUACAAAAAUUUAUCUUCAACUCAGAAUGUUGGAAGAGGAUGUGGAAGUGGCCAUCAAGGUGGUGGUUGUUGGGAACGGAGCUGUUGGGAAAUCAAGUAUGAUUCAACGAUAUUGCAAAGGCAUUUUUACAAAAGACUACAAGAAAACAAUUGGAGUUGAUUUUUUGGAGCGACAAGUCCAAGUUAAUGAUGAAGAUGUCAGGCUAAUGUUAUGGGAUACAGCAGGUCAAGAAGAGUUUGAUGCAAUAACAAAGGCUUACUACCGAGGAGCCCAAGCUUGUGUACUUGUGUUUUCUACUAUAGACAGGGAAUCUUUUGAAGCAAUUUCCAGUUGGAGAGAGAAAGUAGUAACUGAAGUUGGCGAUAUCCCAACAGUACUUGUACAGAACAAGAUUGACCUCUUGGAUGAUUCUUGUAUAAAGAAUGAAGAAGCUGAGGCAUUGGCAAAAAAAUUAAAGUUAAGAUUCUACAGAGCUUCAGUGAAAGAGGACCUAAAUGUAACUGAAGUUUUUAAAUAUUUAGCAGAAAAAUAUCUUCAGAAGCUCAAACAACAAAUAGCUGAAGACCCAGAAUUAAUGCAUAGAAGUAGUAACAAAAUUGGUGUCUUUAAUACAGCUGCUGGAAGUCACUCUGGCCAGAAUUCUAGCACACUUAAUGGUGGAGAUGUCAUCAAUCUUAGACCUAACAAACAGAGGACCAAGAAAAACAGGAGCCCUUUUAGCAGCUGCAAUAUACCCUAAAGCCAUUUUGGGGACCAAGGAGGGAAAAAUUGGAUUAGGCUGUGCAAUGAAGGUAUGCACUCAGCUGUAAUGGUAUGUUAAUGCGUUUUCUAGCAGACUUUGCACCUACUGGAUCUCUGAUAGAAGUUGAAUAUUAAAUAUUGCUGCGGCAAUGUUCUUUAGUGUGUACAGGGAGACCUCUGGUGGCAAAAUGGGAAUCAUUGCUACCCCUGUACACUCAUUUUAAUUUUUAUAUAGAUAUAUAUACAUACACACAGACACACACACACACACACACACACAUAUAUAUAUAUAAUUAGACGAUGCUUCUCCUGUUUUGAAGGGACAUUUUAAAAAUAUGAAAAACAGGUUUUGCUGAAUUUCAAAGGAUAUUAAAAACACAAUGUAUAAUAAACAUUGGUACAGAUCUUCAUAUUAAAUAUGGACCAAAUGAUGCAGCAUUUUUUAAUGGAAUUGAUCAGUCAGCCUUUAGGGAAAAGUAGUAUUGAAUCUUGAUAUCUUGGAUCUAAAGUAAUACUGAGGGGCAAAUUUUAAAUCUUGCCUGGACAGCAUUAGUGUAUUGGCAACUUUACUCGUGCAAUAUCUGUAUAAUAUGUGAAUGUUAUCAGAGGUAUGCAUGUAGAUAUCUGGUACUAAAGUUAAGCUGAAUAUAAGUACAGUAUUUCACUUAAAGACACUAAGUUUCUGAUCAACAUGCAUAAAACACUGCUACUACUGCUACACACACACACACACACACACACACACACACACACACACACUCUCUCUCUCUCUCUCUCUCUCUCUCUCUCUCUCUCUCUCUCUCUCUCUCUCUCUCUCUCUCUCUCACACACACACACACAAGUAAGAAAUUCCAAGCCUGUACUCUGCAAAAUGAAAUCCCUUCUUCCUGUACUUGGGUCUAAAAAAUUCAUUGUGCCAAAAAAAAAAAAUGUUUUCUUGAGGGGAAAGCUUCAAACUAUCUUACUUUUUAUUGACUGAUGAUGUCUUUUAAAAAGUUUUCCAGUCUAAAAAGUUGUAUAAAAAGAGGAACAUAAUUCAGUAAUACUGAGCUUAUUUCAGGCUAAUAGUAUUGCUUUUUAAAAUGUGUAAUAACUAAAUUUUUCACAUGAUCAUCUGUAAUAGUGAUGCACUUAUACCAUCACAGGUUGGCAGAGUAUCUAUUAAGAUUCAUGAAUAUCUGUAGUUAUCCAUAAGAUUCUGCAAAAUUAUAUGCCAUGUCUAGCAUAUUUAGCUUCUGGCCAAGUUCCAAAUUAAAAACUUUGAAUUUAUGAGCAUAUAAGCAUAUGAGCAUAUAUGAGCAAAUAAAUCUCAGCUUAAAAAAUUUUAAUUCCACAAAAGGUAUCUUUUUUUUUACAGAUUCUUUUUUAAUGGCCAACAUCUCAGAACCAUCCCUUUAUUUAUACAGUUUGUAAGAUGUUUUAAGCUUAUCCCUUGAGAAUUUGUAUAGUAAAAUCUCAAAUUUAUAUAGCACCUUUCUUCUGGAAAGCUCCAUUGGCAGAAAAUGCAAAAAUAAUUUCCUGUAAGAAAUAUUUUAAUAUUGUAAGCAGUAAGUGCCAGAGUAUAAAAAUUGUGAGUAGAGACUAUUUACUUAGAUAAUGUAUAUAUCCUAUUAAUAUUUGUCAUUAUAAGUUAAUGACAAAUGUUAACAGGCUUGUUUACUCUGUCUGUAUACCAUUUUAACAUAGUCAGAUGUUAGAGGAUUCUACAGUGGUACUAGGAAAGAAGGUUUCUUGAAAAAUGUAAAUGUCCUGAAAUCAUUUUACAUUUACUUGUACUUUGUAUUUGAUUUUUUUUUUAAGAGAACUUACUGUCCCAGGUUUUCAUAUGGUAUGUUUGAUAUUUUAAGGCAGCAUGGUAUGUUAAGAUAGAGAACUAGCCUUGGAGUCUGGAAGGUCUCAGUUCAAGUCCUGCCUAUGCCACAAGUUGUUUCUAUGACCCUCAGCAAAUCAUUUAACCUCUCAAAGCCCCAGGCAGUUCUCUAAGAUCAUAAAUUACAGAACAAUUACAGACCUGCUUUGAUAGAGGGUAUUUGCUAGCUGGGAGUGCUAAACUGGAAGUAUCAUACUCUGCCUGCAACAUUGCAGGGUGGGCUCCCUCUCCCCAAUCAGAUAAUAAUGUAAUUGGGAUAUUUAACAAAUAAAAAUACAGUAAAACGUAGACAGUGUUAAUUUGUGGUUUUCUAAGUCAUUUUGCAGCCAGCAGGAAUCCUUUUCUAUUAGAAUUUGACACCUCUUCCCUAAAACCAAUGAAAUCCUAGACUAACAGUUUGGAAUUUUCGUGGGCAUCCUUUUGCCAAGUGGUUAUCUGCUCUACAAACACUAAAAUAAUCUGGAGUUUGUCAAUUAACAUAGUAAUAAAAUACUUAAUUCUUGUAAUUGUAGUUGUCAAUAAUACAUAGCCCAUUGCUGGCAGUGGGACAUGCAUUGAAGAAAACCUCAGUCCCCAACAUUAAACAUUUCAUAUUUGCUACA